AGAGAGAAAGACCUACUGAUAAUAAGGGACACGUUCUAGAGAGAGAGAGGAGAGAGAGAGAGGCAACAGUGGUUCGGGGUCGGGUCUGGUCGGUGUUAAGGUCUUUAAGCUCAUCAGGAGAGAGAGAGGAGAGGAGAGGAGAGAGAGAGAUGGCGUGUGGUAGUGUCAGCUGUUGUCUGAAUGGAAGCUCUUCACUGCGAUUAUCAGUGGCCUCUUCUUCUUCUACGAAGGCUUUCAGCAAAAGAAUGGCUUCGAUUCCUAUCCCACCAUUGAACCCAAAAGACCCAUUUCUCUCUAAACUUGCAUCUGCUGCUUCCAUCUCUCCAAACCUUAUUCAACCCAAUAAAAAUGACGAUACCCCACCAUUUCUCGACCUCUUCGAUACCCCCAAGCUCAUGGCUACUCCUGCUCAGGUGGAGCGGGCUGUUUCUUACAAUGAGCACAGGCCGAGAAAGCCUCCUCCUGACUUGCCUUCUUUGCUUCUUCAUGGCAGAAUUGUGUACAUUGGCAUGCCGUUGGUACCAGCUGUCACUGAGCUUGUAAUUGCAGAGUUAAUGUACUUGCAAUGGAUGGAUCCAAAGCAGCCAAUUUAUAUCUAUAUCAAUUCAACUGGAACAACACGUGAUGAUGGUGAGACGGUUGGAAUGGAGUCUGAAGGGUUUGCUAUCUAUGAUGCAAUGAUGCAAUUGAAAAACGAGAUCCAGACAGUUGCUGUUGGAGCAGCCAUUGGUCAUGCAUGUCUACUUCUUGCUGCUGGAAGAAAGGGUCGUCGCUAUAUGAUGCCACAUGCCAAAGCCAUGAUUCAACAACCUCGUGUUCCAUCAUCUGGGCAAAUGCCGGCUAGUGAUGUCAUCAUUCGAGCAAACGAGGUUAUAAACAACAGAGACACACUUGUUAAACUUAUAGCAAGGCACACUGGAAAUUCAAUUGAGACAAUAUCUCAGGUGAUGCGACGACCGUUUUAUAUGGAUUCCAUUAAGGCAAAAGAGUUUGGAGUCAUUGACAAGAUCCUUUGGCGUGGUCAGGAAAAGAUCAUGGCCGAAGCUGCGUCGCCAGAUGAAUGGGACAAGAUGGCUGGUGUUAGGGUUGCAGAUGGAAUAUAAUUGUUUCAUUUUCAUGACUUCUGUAAUAUUUUUCUCCUUUUUUUUUUUUUCUUUCAUUUAGGUUAGAAGUCAAGUGCGCUUCCUCAACUGUGACUUUUUUUUCCUCUGUAAUCAUAGCAAUUUUCGGUAUAACUCGAAUGAAGAAAAGUAUAUGGAAGAUUAUACACGUUGAGUUUGGAUUUGGUUA